UCCGUUAUUAUGUGGUUUCUCAACGCCAUUUUGCUUCCUCUUAAAAAGAAAUGCUUUUAAGUUACAGUUUCAUACUUUUUUUUAUAGUAAAAUUACAAUAAAACAAAAUAGAAAUUGGCCAUAAGCAAAAACAGCAACUAGAGCAACAACAACAACAAAAACCCAUUGAGAUGGUCUCCGUUCCUAAUUUUGGCAGAUAUGAUAUUCGAUAUUUCAACUCGAAAGAUAAUAACAAUAUGUGUAAAAAAGAUCACGAAUCUUGCCAUGAACAGGCUUUUGUGUCCAUAUCUGACUUCAGCACUUCAACCAUUGCAAAGUUUUGCGAAGAGAGAAAAUUAUUAGAGUUGGUUGAAGCAAUUAUUAAACUAACAGUCAGAAUCACUGUAAAACAUGCCAGUUUGGAAAGAGGCGAAAAUAGUUCACAUUCAAACCAAUGUUACAAAUACAAUGAUAUAAAAAGCCCUUUAUUCGGAAGUGGAACUGUUUUAGAACUAUCCGAAUCCCAAGUUCACGUACUGACAGCCAAACAUGUAGUAUUUAAUUCUGAAGAAAGUAAAAAUACAGAAUGUUGGUUAUAUUUUGAUGCAAGCAAUUGUCUUAAAGUUACAAUAAAAGGCACAAGCGAAUCGGUUUCAAAUAACACAAAUGAUUGGUGCCAUUUUAGAUGUGAAAUAGAUGAAAAGGAAAUAGAAAAACUUCAACAAAGUUUAAGAGAAUAUGAGCAAGAACUGGAGAAUAUAAAUCGAAACAAAAUGAAAAGACACAAGAAAUGUAUUAUAGUUUCACAUCCUCACGGCUGUUAUAAGUAUGUAUCUAUGGGAAGUUGUGAAUUAGACAAAGAUGGAUAUUUGACUUACAAAGCUCCUACUUGCAGUGGAAGCAGUGGAGGAUACAUUAUUCCUAUUGGGUGUAGAACUGAAGGAGUUUUUAUUCACAGUGGAAGUAAGAAAGUAGAAGGAGCUAUUAUUGGGCAAAGCAGUGGUGAAGUUGAACAAUAUAAACCUGAAACAGGAUGAAAUAUAGUUUUUCUUUGUUAAUACAAAAGGAAGUUUAUAAAAUACAAAACACAAAAAAAAAAACGAUGCGAGAUUGUUUCUAUAACAUUUAUAGCAAUAGAAAGUUUUCAUAUUUGGGUCUACAUCUUUAAGGGUGGUGCUCAGUUUAGACAGAGUAAUAAUGUAUCAAGCAUAGAUUACAAAUGAUUUCUUAACGUUAAUGGCAAUAUUGCCGCAAUAUAGAGGUUAAAUGAGGUUUGUUUAUAAGUUAAGUAUUUUUUGUCUAUAGGUAUACGAAAAGAAAGUAGUUUUGAAACUUUAACAACAGUAUAAAAUAUAAUAGCAUACACAGCUGAUUUAUAGCCUAAUAGUCAAGUCCUAUUUUUGAUUUAACAGAGUUUAGUUGUUUUACAUUUUAAUAGUCCUUUUUAAUUACCUAAUUGAAACAACUAAAUAUUAUGAAACAAUGUGUCCAGUUGAGCAGUACGCAUUAACUCAUUAAACAUUAUCCGCGAAUAUUCGAUAUAGAUUUUGUUACAUUUUCAACAUAUUCUCGAUUCUUGCUUAUAAUUGUUAGUUUUUUUGUUUUAAUUAUACAUAAAAAUAAAAUUAGUAUCACUUUCUGUUCCUAUGUAGAAUUUUUUAAAAAUUUGAAAUAAAAAAAAAUAUAAAUAAAUAAAUAGAA